CAGAAAGGAAAUCAAAGGAUUUUAAUCGGAAAGUGAAGCAACACAAGGUUUCAAUGGCAAAGCGUCGAAAAUCAAGCAAAAGCGAAACUCCGAUGGCGGAGAAGGUAGAGGCAGUACUUUCAUCAGCGGAGAAAGAUACGAGCAUAAAGAAACUGACGCAUGAGAGGAAGGAGAAGAAGAACAAGUACGAUCCAGUGGAUGGGAGUCCUUUAAGAUCCAUUUUUUGUUUGAAAAAGAUCGUCGACAUGAAGCGUGUUGAGGAGACUGAGGAUUGCUUUAUCAUUGAUUUUAACCUUUUCAAUCCCAUUGACAUUGCCAAGUUCUACGCCGCAAACAACGGCGAUGUUGACGAUGAACUCUCCGUAGUCGCCGAGCGUGGACAGGUGGCCUGUAGAGAUUAUCCACAUUCAAGGCAUCUUUGUCUGCAAUUUCCAUUUGAUACUACACCUCAUGAGAGACAUUGUGGCCUGUGUUACUGUUAUGUUUGCGAUUCUGCUGCUCCUUGUGAGUGUUGGACGACACAUUGCCAUGCGUCAGACCAUGUCAAGAAUUGGAGAUCUCAACGGCGGAUGAGGACUCGGUAGGUUCGGCUUCGUACCUUCCGUUCCAUGUCAGAAAAUCGAA